AUGAAUUUCCAUACCUUGAUCGCCAAAAAUGGCGGCCGGACGACGGAGAACGAAGCCGGCGAAGUUUUCUGUCAAAACCGGAGCUUUUCUCCUCGUUUUCCGGCGAAAUCACGGCGGCUGGCGGCGGGACCUGGCCGGGGUAGGAAGAGGACGGCGGCCCGGUCAUUUUGGUACCGGCCCCGUCGACUUUGGUGGCCGGACGAGAGCACGGCCGGCCAAAACGUGGCCGGCCAUGUUCGCUGUCGCGAACCAGAGGAGAGAGAGGGACGCGCGGAGGAGAGAGAGAGUGUGUGA